UGGGCCCGGAGAUGCGCCUCUCCCACCUCUGCUGCUGCUGCUGCCUCCUCUACCAGCUAGGGUUCCUGUGGAACGGGGUCGUCUCAGGGCUGCAGCUCGCCCCGGACGGCGAGCAGUGGGAAGUCGUGUUUCCUGCACUCUGGCGCCGGGAACCGGUGGACUCCGCGGGCGGCAGCGGAGGCAGCGCGGACCCGGGCUGGGGGCGCGGCGCUGGAACCCGGGGACCCCCGGCCGGCAGUUCCCGCGAGGUGCGUUCCGUGGCCCCCGUGCCUCUGGAAGAGCCCGCGGAGGGUCGGUCCGAGUCCUGGUCCCCGCCUACCCGGCCGUCCGAGGCUGAGGACGAGGAGGAACUGGAAUCCCAGGAGCUGCCCCCGGGAGCCAGCGGGGCUCCCCGGGCCUCGUGGCAGCCGCCUCCGUCUCCGCGAACGCCCCCGUCCGCGUCCCGAGCCCUUCCAGGCGACCCCGAGCCCGACGGCGGGGAGGAGGUGCUGCUGAAGAUCCCGGCCUCCUCCAAGGACCUGUACCUGCUGCUCCGCAGAGACGGCCGCUUCCUGGCGCAGCGCUUCGCCGUGGAGCAGUGGCCCAGUCCCGGCCCCGCACCCACCGGGGGGGCAGCAGAACCUCGCCCUCCGGCGCCGCCCAGUGCCGCCUGCUUUUACACCGGGGCGGUGCUCAGGCACCCCGGCUCUCUGGCGUCUUUCAGCACCUGUGGAGGUGGCCUGAUGGGAUUUAUACAACUCAAUGAAGACUUCAUAUUUAUUGAGCCAUACAAUGAUACAAUGGCCAUAACAGGUCACCCACACCGCUUAUAUAGGCAGAAAAGGUCCACUGAAGAAAAAGCCACAGAAAAGUCAGAUCUUCACAAUCAUUACUGUGGUGUCAUUUCAGAUAAACGAAGACCUAAGUCUAAAAAGCUACCAGAAACUGGAAGAGGAAAACGACAUUCAUACAAAUUACCUCAAGAAUAUAAUAUAGAGACUGUGGUGGUUGCAGAUCCAGCAAUGAUUUCUUAUCAUGGAGCAGAUGCAGCCAGGAGGUUCAUUCUAACCAUCCUAAAUAUGGUAUUCAACCUUUUCCAACACAAGAGCCUUGGUGUGCAGGUCAAUCUUCGUGUGACAAAGCUUAUUCUGCUCCAUGAAACUCCAGCAGAUCUGUAUAUUGGGCACCAUGGAGAGAAAAUGUUGGAGAGUUUCUGUAAGUGGCAGCAUGAAGAAUUUGGCAAGAAGAAUGAUAUACAUGUAGAAAUGUCAACAAGCUGGGGAGAAGACAUCAGUUCAGUGGAUGCAGCCAUCCUUAUAACAAGGAAAGAUUUCUGUGUGCACAAAGAUGAACCAUGUGAUACUGUUGGGAUAGCUUACUUGAAUGGCAUGUGUAGUGAAAAGAGAAAAUGUAUUAUUGCUGAAGACAAUGGUCUGAACCUUGCAUUCACAAUUGCUCACGAAAUGGGUCACAACAUGGGCAUUAAUCAUGACAAUGACCACCCUUCAUGCGCUGAUGGUCUUCAUAUCAUGUCUGGGGAAUGGAUCAAAGGACAAAAUCUUGGUGAUGUUUCAUGGUCCAGGUGCAGCAAGGACGAUUUGGAAAGAUUUCUGAGGUCAAAGGCCAGUAACUGCUUGCUACAGACAAAUCCCCAGAGUGUCAAUUCUGUGAUGGUCCCCUCAAAGCUUCCAGGGUUGAGCUACACUGCUGAUGAGCAAUGCCAGAUUCUCUUUGGGCCCUUGGCUUCCUUUUGUCAAGAGAUGCAGCAUGUUAUUUGUACAGGACUGUGGUGCAAAGUAGAAGGUGAAAAAGAAUGCAAAACCAAACUUGAUCCUCCAAUGGAUGGAACUGAUUGUGACCCUGGUAAGUGGUGUAAAGCUGGAGAAUGUACCAGCAGGACCUCCGCCCCUGAGCACCCUGCUGGAGAGUGGAGCACGUGGAGUUCCUGUAGCCGAACCUGCAGUUCUGGAAUCCGCAGUCGAGAGCGCAGAUGCCCGCGACUAGAGUCUGAAGCAAGGGAUUGUAAUGGUCCCAGAAAGCAGUACAGAGUAUGUGAGAAUCCGCCCUGUCCUGCAGGUUUGCCUGGAUUCAGAGACUGGCAAUGUCAAGCUUACAGCGUUAAAACUUCCUCCCCAAAGCAUGCCCUCCAGUGGCAAGCAGUUUUUAAUGAAGAAAAACCAUGUACCUUGUUUUGCUCUCCUAUUGGGAAAGAACAGCCUGUUCUACUGUCAGAAAAAGUGAUGGAUGGAACUUCCUGUGGAUAUCGAGGAUUAGAUAGAUGUGCAAAUGGCAGCUGUCAGAAAGUUGGUUGUGAUGGCUAUUUGGGAUCUCUGGCCAGGGAAGAUCAUUGUGGGGUGUGCAAUGGCAAUGGAAAAUCAUGCAGAAUCAUUAAAGGAGAAUUUAAUCACACCAGAGGAGCAGGUUACAUAGAAGUGUUGGUGAUACCUGCUGGAGCAAGAAGAAUCAAAGUUGUGGAGGAAAAGCCAGCACAUAGCUAUUUAGCUCUUCGAGACGCUAGCAAACAGUCUAUUAAUAGUGACUGGAAGAUAGAACACUCUGGAACAUUCAAUUUAGCUGGAACUACUGUCCAUUACAUAAGACGAGGUUUAUGGGAGAAGAUAUCUGUAAAAGGCCCUACCAAGACACCUUUACACCUCCUGGUGCUCCUAUUUCAAGAUCAGAAUUACGGUCUUCAUUAUGAAUACACCAUUCCUUCAGACCCUCUUCCAGACAACCAGAGCUCUAAGGAGCCUGAGCCCCUCUUCAUGUGGACACACACUGGCUGGGAAGACUGUGAUGCCACGUGUGGAGGAGGAGAAAGGAAGACAACAGUUUCCUGCACAAAAAUCAUGAGCAAAAACAUCAGCAUUGUGGAUAACAAGAAAUGCAAGUACUUGACCAAGCCAGAGGCACAAAUUCGCAAGUGCAACGAGCAGCCUUGUCAGACAAGGUGGAUGAUGACAGAAUGGACCACAUGCUCACGAACUUGUGGCAAAGGAAUGCAGAGUAGACAGGUGGCCUGUACUCAACAGCUGAGCAAUGGAACUCUGAUUAGAGCCUGGGAGAGAGACUGUGAAGGCCCUAAGCCUGCAUCUGCGCAGCGCUGUGAAGGCCAAGACUGUAUGACUGUAUGGGAGGCAGGAGUGUGGUCCGAGUGCUCGGUCAAGUGUGGCAAAGGUGUACGUCAUCGGACUGUGAGGUGCACUAAUCCAAGAAAGAAAUGUGUCCUUUCCACCAGACCCAGGGAGGCAGAAGACUGUGAGGAUUACUCAAAAUGCUACGUGUGGAGAAUGGGUGACUGGUCUAAGUGCUCAAUUACCUGUGGCAAAGGGAUGCAAUCCCGUGUUAUACAGUGCAUGCACAAGAUCACAGGAAGACAUGGAAAUGAAUGCUUUUCUUCGGAAAAGCCUGUAGCAUACCGGCCAUGCCACCUCCAGCCCUGCAAUGAGAAAAUUAAUGUGAAUACAAUAACAUCACCCAGACUGGCUGCCCUGACGUUCAAGUGCCUGGGAGACCAGUGGCCGGUGUACUGCCGUGUGAUACGGGAGAGGAACCUGUGUCAGGACAUGCGGUGGUAUCAGCGUUGCUGCGAGACUUGCCGGGACUUCUAUGCCCAAAAGCUGCAGCAGAAGAGUUGACGUCAGGCAGGCUGGCUGAUAGCUCACAAUCUUCAACUGCAUUAUUUAUAAACACACACUAGCAUGUUUUUUUCAGACCAAAUAUUAUCAGGUUACAUAUAAUUUAAUCAAAAUAAUUUAUUUUUGCCUGCCAAGCUUCUAAUGUAGUGUUUGGUUUGGUUAUGCAAACAUUUUGAUUUACACUAUAAAGCUUCAUAAAUAAUUUUAUGUGAAUGAGUAAGUUGGAUCUAGUGAUCCAAUAAGAAAAAGGAAAAGAAGACGAUUAGAAUUUUGUUGUUUUUGUUGUUUAGGGCUGUCUCUAAGGUGCUAUUUUCUCUCCACCAAUACCAUUGAGUUAACCCGUAUGCAUACUACCUUAUCAUUAUAGUUCAGCUAUCUAUGGAGGAAAAGGAUGUGUGUGUGUUAUUUUCUUGCAUCCUGCUCCAGAAGUAGCCCAUUUUCUGUGAUCUGCAGGAGAUGCACAGACAUAACAAACCUCAUAGUGUUGAACAGUUGAAGAGAAUGUAUUAUGAAUUUGAUUCAGAUUUAGAGACAACUAUAGGAAAAAUUCUACUGUAAUUAUAAUUUUAUGGUAAUUUUAGUAACGAAAAAGAAAAGUCAAAACAGACUUUGAUCAUGUUCAUGAACCAUGUACUUGAAUGAACACAAGUCCUGUAGCAAUGAAACACUGUGAUGAUUUACACUGAAUCACCAUUGCACUGUUGACAUAGUGUAGAGAAACUGUUAUAGAAAUGGUUAACAUCCUACAAAAAAAUGUGUUAUUUUAGCAUGUAAUUAGAUUUUGGCUUUUAAAUAUUUUGAAUGAAGAAAACACUGAUCUGUGUAUUUUCCUUAUAACUUUUUAGCAGAUUUAUGAGAGAAUAGUAGUUAGACUAACAAAUGCUAAUGAGAAAAUGUAAUAAAUAUUUUGCAUUCUUUGCCCUAGGAAUAAGAAAACAAGCAAGAAUCAUAUGAUAUUGUGGUAGUUUCAUUGUGGUUUUCCUUUUAAAGAUUAAAAGAUUUAUAAUUCUGUGAAAUGUUUAAA